AUGGCCGGCUUCGACGCGGCCACGCAGACCCUGCUCGCCGCCCUCAGCGGCAGCAGUGGCCUGAACAACAAUUUUGGGCUGAAUCCCGACGACAGCCUCGUGGAUAAUUUUGUGGACAAUGGCUCUGGCAACGGCCUCGGGACUCCGGAUGCCAACUCUGUGGCUGCGACACUGGGCGACACGCCUGCCAGUUCAGGCUCUGCUGUGCCUGGCGCUCGUUCUGGUUCUGGUUUUGGUGCGGUUUCUGCUGCUGGUCCAGGCGCUGGUGCGGGAGGAAGUGGGACUUCUUCUUCGGUCCCGCCCUCGGCUGUCACCGCAUCGCUCCAACUCCAGCAACAACCCGCAUUCUUCAACCCAGUCCCUCCGACGCAAUGGGUCUUUCAGGACACCCCCCCGUAUGACUCGCCCUCCAGCGCUGGAAGCCCUUUUGGAAACGUCCCGCCGUCCGCUCCCCAGCAGUCCUGGGAACUCCCGGUCCAUCAUCUCAACCUUGCUCAACAGCUUCUCCAACCACAGCCAUCACCGUCCCCGUUUUUCCAUCCCGCUAGCACGGCUGUCUCCAGCGCCAACGUCGCCGCCGUCGCCGCUGCCACGACGGCCAAUGUCCCCGUAACCCAGAGCUUCGCUGCUCCGAAUCUACCCGUAUCUGAGCCCGAGACACAGCGCAGGAUCCAAAACACCCUCACCCCCGCUCAGCGCGAGCGCCUCAAGACCAUCACGAUGCCGCCGCACCUCCAGUACCACUUCCCCAAGAGCGAGGGAAGCCCCGACUCGGCGUCGAGCCCCCAGGAAGCCAAGGGGGUGACCACCGCGUCGCCGACGACACUUGAUCCCUCGAAGCAGAACCACGACCACGCCAGCGGCACCAGCCACAACGCCGACGACAAUGCCAGCAAUACCAACACCAACACCAACACCAGGAAGAGGAAAUCAUCAGCUGACGACGACGACGAUGAUGAUGAUGAAGAGAUCGAGGUUCCUCCCCCGGUGAAGAAGACCGCGCACAAUGAGAUCGAGAAACGCUACCGGACAAAUCUCAACGACAAGAUCGCCGCCCUGAGAGAUAGCGUGCCGUCGCUCAGAAUCAUGUGCAAGAGUGCCAGAGGCGAGGACACAACAGAAGACAGGGAAGAGCUGCACGGCUUAACGCCGGCACACAAGUUGAACAAGGCCACGGUGCUAAGUAAGGCAACUGAGUACAUUAAACAUCUGGAGAAGCGGAACAAUCGCUUGAUCGAGGAGAUCAACAGCAUGCAGGCCCGCAUUGCCACUUUUGAGAAACUCUUUAUGGCUGGUGCCAUGACGGGCCAGCUCCCUAACCCUCUACAGCAGACCCAGCCGAUGCAGUUCAACCCUGCGAGCAACCCGUACAUGAACAACAUGAACGGUAUGAAUAUGACCGCCAUGAACACGCCGAUGGCGACACCACAAGAUGCCAACCCUCCGGGCAUGAUACCCAUCCCCGAAGACAUGAAACGCAUCAUCACAGCCCAACAAUUGAACGCCGGUCGUCCUUACCCUGUACCUCCUGCUGCUGCUCACUUUGUGCAGAACCCGGCCCUGCUCCGCCAGCAGCACAUUCAACAACAACAGCAGCAAGCACAGGCCCGGGGUUGGAGUCCAUACUUCGGCAAGGUUAUGGUGGGCAGUUUGGCUGGCAUGAUGCUUAUCGAGGCCCUCGUCGAAAACGAAAAGGACCGCGAGACCACCGAAGGCCGGGGUCUGUUCGCCAUCCCCGUCCAGCUCUUGGCGGCCUUUGUCCGGUCCACCCACUUCAGCAUCGGCGGUUAUUAUAUUGACGCGAAGAGUAUCAUCGCAAAGCUCCGGCUCUUCACGUUGCUCGCUAUCUUCUUGUGGGUGGCGUGUUCAUCGUUCCUCGACAACAUGUCCUUCUUCCGUCCUCCUCAAAAGACCAAGCGCGCCGCUACCGCUGCUGCUCCCGUUCACUUUGCCCCAAGCCUUUCUUCGCCGCUCCACGUCAGGAGAACGGCUUGGCUUACGGCAAUCCAGACCGUUUGGGUUCCCCAGCGCAACGCCUUCUUUGAAGCCGCAGCUCUGCUGCUCAAGGCUUCCAAAUACGCUCUCCGGUGCCUGAUCGGCGAUCGCGCCUAUCUUGCUUUGACUGGGUUGACCGAGGAGCAAGAGGCUGCUAGGGUCAAGGCGUGGUCCAUCGCCUUGGAUGCCCAACUUACCGGUGGCGAUGUCGACAUCAACAAGAGCCGCCUGACGCUCACUCUGUUUGCCUCGGGCACGCUUCCUGACACUCCCCUCCGGCUGAUGCUGAAGGCGUUGCACAUCCGACUUCUGCUCUGGAAGCUGAAUGGUGCCUCGUGGCUGGCCAACUCGGUUGCUACCACGCUGGCCAGACGGAAGUGGAACGAAGCUAGGCAACUCAACCAGAUGAUCAUGUCGCUCGUUCGUAAAGACACUGAUGACGUUCUUCCCGAGCAUCUUGCUGUCCUCCUUGAGCAAGACUGCGAUGAUGUUCUGAACGAUGACAUCGUUCAAAGGGCUCACAAUCUGGCGUUCAACAAGCCCACGACGGAUGACGUGAUGGGCGGUAUUCCCGGUAUGGAUUCAGUUGUCGAAGAUCCUGCCGUUCGGUCGCCCAUUGACGCCGUUGCCGCCUGGUAUUCGACUCUGCUCGUCCACCGCGCCCUCCUUAACAGCCUUCCGAAGCCCCAGUCCCCCAGCGAUGCGGCCCCUGCUCCGACCCGUUCCAUCCUCAACGACGUCGAGCUGGCCAUCAAGCUCGCCCCCAUCGGUUCCAACGCGAAAGUCCGCGCGCUCAUCGCCCGCGCCGUCCUCGUCGACGGCAAGCGCGGCACCUACAUCGCUGCCGUCCUCCAGGCCCUCGGCCCUACGACUCCUUACGUCAAGCACACCAGCGCCUUCCUCUGCACGCCCUACGGUCUGGGCGCCCUUGACGCUGACUCCCACAUGGCUCUGCGCUGCGCUAUGGCCAUGGCCCAGCUCGGCAAGUUCAAAGGCGACCUCCCCCGCGCCGCGUACAUGCUUAUCGAGUCCAUCCUGCCACAUGGUUGCGAUAUUAAGACGCUGUCGCUCCUUGGGUACACGGCUGCGUUCCAUCUCAUGGAGGAGAUCAGCCGUCAUAUAAAGCGUGAUACAUGUACAGAUUCGAUGGAGCGGCUGGCGGGCCAGCUGCGGAUCUGGAUUGGCAGCGAAGAGUUUGGCGGCGGGAAGGUCGCUGGUAUGACUGGGGAGAUGAGGAUGAGGAUGGUGAGCCGGUGCUUGGCGGUCACUAAGAGUGUGGUCGGCAUACAGGGCGCGGGGUGCGCGGUUGUGGAUCAAGGGUAUGUUAGUAUGGAGGAUGAAGACUCGUUGGAGGAUGAUGGAAGUGGGUGUUGA